CACGAAUACACAAAAAACUAGAUAAUGUGUACAAAAAAUGCACCCCUCAAAGCUUAAUUACUACAGCCAUUUGCAAGGCCAUUAAACGAAAAGCCCUUCCAUUAAUUAAUAACAUAAUAAAAAUACAGUAUAAAAUAGGCUACUCAAAGCUUAAAUUAGUACAGCCAUAGUGGUCUGUGAGUCUGUCCAGUAAAAGCCGUACGUCAUUGAUUCCAAUCUUUUGUGCAGCUUUUCUUGAUUAUAAAAUGGAGGGAAAUGAGACAAUAAUAUUAUCAUCACACGCCCCAACUUAGCUAGAAGAUAUAUAUACAGUCAGCAAGAAGGCAGCAGAAAAGAAGAAAUACAGAACAAUUCAAAUUACUGUAAAAUGAGCAUCUUUACCCUACUCCGACUUCUAUGGAAGGAACUACUCCGCAGACUUCUUCUAUGGAAGGAAGAAGAAGCAGAAAUGGAAGAAGAAGGAGGUGAAGAAGCAGCGAAAGUGGAGUCCAUCUUCAUAUACCCCAUCAAAUCCUGCCGUUCGAUUUCUCCUCCAGAAGCUUCCAUCACUUCCACUGGUUUCCGGUGGGAUCGUCAAUGGCUGGUGGUGAACUCAAGCGGCAGAGGGGCUACGCAAAGAGUCGACCCGAAGCUUGCUCUGGUUCAGGUGGAACUCCCGCCGGAGGCAUUCAGCCACGGCUGGAAGGCCCGAAAGGACUCGUUUCUGGAGGUAAGGGCUCCUGCAAUGAAUGUUCUGAAGGUCCCAUUGCUUGAACCUUCAACUUUGACCGAUGGUGUCGGCCUGUGGGGGUGGACUGGCGCUGCCUUGGACGAGGGAGAGGAAGCCGCGGAGUGGUUCACCAAGUUUCUUGGCCAACCUCGAAGGCUAGUGCGCUUUCACGAAGCAUCACAGAAUCGGCCUGCAGUCCCCAAAUAUGCUGCGGGCCACAAACUUAAGUUCCAAGAUGCCUAUGCGCUUCUUCUGGCAUCCCAGGAAUCACUGGAUGCUUUAAAUGAGCGGUUGGAGGAGCCUGUGCAGAUCACUAGAUUUAGACCCAACAUUGUGGUUAAUGGAUGUACAUCAUAUGCUGAAGAUUUAUGGAAAAAGGUCAAGAUAAACGGAUUAAAAUUUAACUCUACACAACUUUGUGAACGUUGCAAGGUACCCAGAAUUAAUCAAGAAACAGCAGAACUUGGCUCUGAGCCAACUCAAACAAUGAGAAAAUUCCGCUCAACCGAGAACUUGAAUCCAGAUAAAAAACCAGAUGGAAAGGUAUACUUCGGACAUUGGUUUGUUUGUGAUGAUCACAAUGCUAAAGCUAAAAGUAAAACAAUUAAAGUGGGAGAUCCAGUUUAUGUCCUCAAGAAGCUGUCCUCCUAUGAAGAUGUUGUGUUUUGAACUUCAAUGCCUUUGCCUAAUAAAUGAGAUCCAUUAUCCAUGUAGUAUGACUUCAGAUUUGCCAUUAAUAAUCUGUUUUCCCUUUGUUUUUUUUUUGUGAUUUUCCUAAAUUUGCUCUUCAGAUUUCUAUCAUGUCCGGUUACGAUGAGAGUAGGGCUAGAAAUGAAGUGAAGUAAACCAAUCUUUCAAAUUUUGAUCGUUAAAAUUUUGAUUUUUUAUACUUCACGUGGAGCAUGAUUACCUAUCAAAAGUAUGUCG